AUGGCUUUGGGUUUUAAACGACGACGGUUGAAUAGUCAGCCAACCAUGACCAACCACUUAGAUAACGCCGCUAACGACCCAUGUCGGCCAGCAACCGCACAGGAGAAGGAAAGCUGGAAUGGCUUUUGUGAGCUGGAGUCUGAGCCUGUAAUUGCUAUUAUUGGUAAUCGGUUUCCCUGUUUCAAUGCUUGCGCUAGUGUGGCCCUACUAAACAUCGUCAAUAAUAUAGAGGGCAUCGAGCUCGGGGAUAACCUACAGCAUUUCAAGGACUUUACGAUGCCGUUUACUCCUGCGCUUAGAGGAGAUGCGAUCAGUAAUUAUGAUUUUGUCAAACGAAUACAUAAUUCAUUUGCAAGGAAGAUGGAUAUGCUCAAUUCAGAUUUUCAACUAAAACAUGAGGCGACAUCUAGGUGUUCUCGUUCAAGUAAGGGCAAUCACGAUGAAACUGAAAUAGACGCAGGGUUCCACUUUAUCGCGUAUGUCCCUGCGUUGGGGAAAGUCUGGAAGUUCGAUGGCCUGGAACGCCAGCCCCAGGCACUGGGACCCUGUACCCCCAAUGAGGAUUGGUUGGGCAUGGUAAAACCGCACCUUAUCACCAGGAUGACUGAAUAUGAAGAAGAUCAGAUUGAAUUCUCAAUCCUCAGUCUCGUUAGGGACCCGCUUGUAGACCUUAUUGGUAAACUAGCCGUCAAUAUAAAGUGUCUGGAGAUGCUUAAUCAGCGUUUAACUACCCAAGCUUCUGCAGUGGCCCACCCAGAAUUGCCCCUUGCAAGCUCUAUCCUUGAAAACACUAUUCUGGGGCCGGAAAAGUCCUUUGAUAUAACAAGGGAGUCUAUCGACCAGGCAAUUGUUCCGGUGGUAUUGGAGAGGUACAAUUUGUUGUCCGCGCAAGAAAUCGUCGAGUUGCAACAGAAGCUGUGCAAUGAACAGCAGGUGUUGCAAGCAGCGAUUCGGGACGAGCAGCAAACCCAGCGCGCGGAUGACGACUAUGCGGCGGGGAGGAGGUACGAUUACGGGCCAGCUAUAAGAACAUGGUUGCGAUUCCUGGCCCGCAAAGGGAUGGUUGAGAGUUUAAUACCAGUGUGA